GCGUGACUCAUCUGGUGAUUAUUUUUUUUUUUCUUUCCUCAUCACUGGAAACAGAGAUGUCUGGCAGACACGGGUAGUUUAUUGAUCUGGCUCGAAUCAUCUUUUUUUUUCAGGAUUACGUGUCAGUUUAUCUCCAGCGUGCUCGCAGCCUGUUCGUGUCGUCCGGCCAUGGCACAGCAGGACGGUGCUGCCAAGAAGAACCCCGCUGUGGCGGCGCUGCACUCUCACUUCCUCGUGGGAUCGGUGUCGGAGGAAAACUCCGAGGAUGAGAACCAAGGGAAGCUGGACCUGCAGCUGGAGGAGAAGGACACCCGCUCCUUGUCGCCGUCCUCUGGCAGCUCCGACAGCACCUUUGAAAUGGGCUUCGACCACAUUGAUGGCCCCAUGCACAAUCUAAGAUCAAGUAUGUCAGGACUGCACCUGGUGAAACAAGGAAGAGAUCGCCGACGCAUUGAUCUCCAGCGGGACUUCACUGUCGCUUCUCCUGCUGAGUUUGUCACUCGCUUUGGUGGCAACAAGGUCAUUGAAAAGGUGCUUAUUGCCAACAAUGGAAUUGCAGCGGUCAAAUGCAUGCGAUCCAUCCGCCGCUGGGCCUAUGAGAUGUUUCGCAAUGAAAGGGCAAUCCGUUUUGUCGUCAUGGUGACCCCAGAAGACCUGAAAGCCAAUGCAGAGUACAUCAAAAUGGCAGAUCAUUACGUACCUGUACCCGGAGGCACUAAUAACAACAACUAUGCCAACGUGGAGCUCAUUCUUGACAUUGCAAAACGCAUACCUGUGCAGGCAGUGUGGGCUGGAUGGGGUCAUGCCUCAGAGAACCCCAAACUCCCAGAGCUCCUUCAUAAGAAUGGCAUUGCUUUCAUGGGUCCUCCAAGUCAGGCUAUGUGGGCUCUUGGAGACAAAAUUGCGUCGUCGAUUGUGGCUCAGACGGCUGGCAUUCCAACACUGCCAUGGAGCGGAGCAGGCCUAACAGUGGAAUGGACAGAGAGCAACCAAAAGAAGAAAAUCAUCAACGUUCCUCAUGACGUGUAUGAGCUUGGCUGCAUCCAUGAUGUAGAGGAUGGGAUGAAAGCUGCGGAAAAAGUCGGCUACCCUGUAAUGGUGAAGGCCUCAGAAGGUGGAGGUGGAAAAGGUAUUCGUAAAGUCAACUCUGUCGAUGACUUUCCUAACCUUUUCAGACAGGUCCAGGCAGAAGUUCCAGGAUCACCCAUUUUUGUCAUGCAGCUAGCCAAGCAUGCCCGCCACUUGGAGGUUCAGAUUUUGGCUGAUCAAUACGGCAAUGCCAUAUCCCUGUUUGGCAGAGACUGUUCUGUACAGAGGCGUCAUCAGAAGAUUAUAGAGGAGGCUCCUGCUACCAUUGCUACUUCUGAUGUGUUUGAGGAUAUGGAAAAGUGUGCAGUGAAGCUGGCUAAGAUGGUGGGAUACGUCAGUGCAGGCACAGUGGAGUACCUCUACAGCCAGGAUGGCAGCUUCUACUUCUUGGAGCUCAACCCUCGUCUGCAGGUGGAACACCCAUGUACUGAGAUGGUGGCUGAUGUCAACUUGCCUGCCGCCCAACUGCAGAUUGCUAUGGGUAUUCCUCUUCACCGCAUCAAAGACAUCAGGAUGCUUUAUGGGGUCCAACCUUGGGGAGACUGUCCCAUUGACUUUGAGGCUCUGUCAACUACACCUUCCCCACGGGGUCACGUCAUUGCAGCUCGUAUCACCAGUGAAAACCCUGAUGAGGGCUUCAAGCCAAGCUCUGGAACGGUGCAAGAGCUGAAUUUCCGCAGCAAUAAGAACGUUUGGGGCUACUUCAGUGUUGCAGCUGCUGGAGGGCUGCACGAGUUUGCCGACUCCCAGUUUGGGCACUGCUUUUCUUGGGGAGAGAAUCGUGAAGAAGCUAUCUCCAACAUGGUGGUUGCUCUCAAGGAGCUGUCCAUCCGGGGAGACUUCAGGACCACAGUAGAAUACCUCAUUAAGCUGCUGGAGACAGAAAGCUUCCAGCACAACAGCAUUGACACAGGUUGGCUGGACAGGCUCAUCUCAGAGAAGAUGCAGGCGGAGCGUCCCGAUACCAUGCUGGGAAUUGUGAGUGGAGCUUUGCACGUGGCGGAUGUCAAUCUUAGGAACAGCGUGUCCAACUUUCUGCAUUCUCUGGAAAGGGGCCAGGUGCUGCCAGCACACACACUACUCAACACUGUGGAUGUGGAGCUGAUCUAUGAAGGUACUAAGUACGUCUUGACAGUGACACGUCAGUCCCCAAACUCCUACGUGGUCAUCAUGAACAACUCUUGUGCUGAGGUGGAUGUCCAUCGACUCAGCGAUGGAGGACUUCUGCUGUCUUAUGAUGGAAGCAGCUACACUACCUACAUGAAGGAGGAGGUGGACAGGUACCGCAUCACUAUUGGGAACAAGACCUGUGUUUUUGAGAAGGAGAACGAUCCCUCGCUGCUGCGCUCUCCAUCUGCAGGAAAAUUAAUUCAGUACACGGUUGAGGAUGGCGGGCAUGUGUUCUCUGGCCAGUGCUAUGCUGAAAUAGAGGUGAUGAAGAUGGUGAUGACCCUUACUGCUGCAGAGUCUGGUUGUAUUCACUAUGUGAAGAGGGCUGGGGCAGCACUGGAGCCUGGCUGUGUCAUUGCCAAACUGCAACUGGACGACCCAAGCAGAGUGCAACAGGCAGAGUUGAACACAGGGGCCCUGCCCGCGAUCCAGGCAGUAGCACUGAGGGGGGAAAAGCUACACAGAGUCUUCCACAACACACUGGAUCACCUGGUUCAUAUAAUGAAUGGUUUCUGUCUUCCUGAGCCCUUCUUCAGUGCUAAGUUGAAAGAGUGGGUGGAAAGGUUAAUGAAAACAAUGCGUGAUCCCUCUUUGCCGCUGUUGGAGCUUCAAGACAUCAUGACUAGUGUGUCAGGUCGCAUCCCCCCCGCUGUGGAGAAGGCCAUCAAGAAGGAGAUGGCUCAGUAUGCCAGCAACAUAACUUCUGUGCUGUGCCAGUUCCCCAGCCAACAGAUUGCAAACAUCUUGGACAGCCAUGCUGCUACUCUAAACAAGAAGUCAGAGAGAGAAGUCUUCUUUAUGAACACACAAAGCAUCGUUCAGCUGGUGCAGAAGUAUCGCAGUGGAAUCAGAGGUCACAUGAAGGCAGUGGUGAUGGAUUUGCUCAGACAGUAUCUGAAAGUAGAGAUCCAGUUCCAGAAUGGACACUACGACAAGUGUGUGUUUGCACUGCGUGAGGAAAACAAAGGUGACAUGGCCAACGUGCUCAACUAUAUCUUCUCCCACGCUCAAGUCACCAAGAAGAACUUGCUGGUCACUAUGCUGAUUGUAAGUGUCUUUCAUCUCUGGGACCAACUAUGCGGCCGUGAUCCCACGCUGACAGAUGAACUCAUGACCAUUCUGACUGAACUGACCCAACUCAGCAAGACGACCAAUGCCAAGGUGGCUCUGCGUGCUCGCCAGGUGUUGAUAGCUUCCCACCUUCCCUCGUACGAGCUACGACACAACCAGGUGGAGUCCAUCUUCCUCUCUGCCAUUGAUAUGUACGGACACCAGUUCUGCAUUGAGAACCUGCAGAAACUCAUCCUUUCUGAGACAUCCAUCUUCGACGUUCUGCCCAACUUCUUCUACCACAGCAAUCAGGUAGUCAGGAUGGCUGCCCUCGAGGUGUACGUCCGCAGAGCAUACAUUGCCUACGAGCUCAACAGCGUUCAGCAUCGACAACUGAAGGACAACACGUGUAUAGUAGAGUUCCAGUUCAUGCUUCCCUCCUCGCAUCCCAACAGAGGGAACAUCCCCACUCUAAACAGGAAAAUGUCAGCCUGUAUCCUGGACAAUAAGAGAGCCAAGGACACUAAGUUAGAGGAAACUAAACGCCUCGAACUCAAAGCGCCAGAUAGUGAAGCUAAGGAUGAUAAUGCUGAGAAGGAAAAUGCCUCAGAUUUGGAAUCUGUUGACAGGAUGUCCUUCUCAUCCAACCUGAAUCACUAUGGCAUGGUGCAUGUUGCCAGUGUGAGUGAUGUUCUGCUUGACACAUCUUUUACUCCGCCUUGUCAGCGCAUGGGAGCCAUGGUCUCGUUCCGCUCCUUCCAGGAGUUCACAAGGAACAUACCAGACGUGUUGAGUUGCUUCUCUGACUCACCUCCACCGAGUCCAACCUUCCCUGAGGGAGGCAGUCCCGUGCUGUACGGUGAAGAGGACAACAAGAGUGUACAGGAUGAGCCUAUCCAUAUCCUGAAUGUGGCUAUAAAGACCGACAGCGACAUUGACGAUGAUGGACUGGCAGCCAUGUUCCGGGAGUUCACUCAGUCAAAGAAAUCUCUGUUGUUUGAACAUGGCAUCAGAAGGCUGACUUUCCUCGUGGCUCAGAAGGAUUUCAGGAAGCAAGUCAACUGUGAGGUGGACCAAAGGUUUCAUAGGGAAUUCCCCAAAUUUUUCACAUUCCGCGCAAGAGACAAGUUUGAGGAGGACAGGAUCUAUCGUCACUUGGAGCCAGCAUUAGCAUUCCAGUUGGAGCUCAACCGCAUGCGCAAUUUUGCCCUGACUGCCAUCCCAUGUGCAAAUCACAAGAUGCACCUGUACUUGGGUGCGGCCCGUGUGGAGGUGGGCACAGAGGUCACGGACUACCGCUUCUUUGUCCGAGCCAUCAUCCGUCACUCUGAUCUGGUCACAAAGGAGGCCUCCUUUGAAUACCUUCACAAUGAAGCAGAGCGUCUGCUGCUGGAAGCCAUGGAUGAACUGGAAGUGGCCUUCAACAACACAACUGUUCGAACUGACUGUAACCAUAUCUUCCUCAACUUCGUUCCUACAGUCAUCAUGGACCCAUCAAAGAUUGAGGAGUCUGUGCGCUCCAUGGUGAUGCGUUACGGCAGCCGUCUGUGGAAGCUGCGCGUCCUGCAGGCAGAACUCAAAAUCAACAUCCGCCUGACCCCGACUGGAAAACAAAUUCCCAUCCGCCUCUUCCUUACUAAUGAGUCAGGUUACUACCUGGACAUCAGUCUGUACAAGGAGGUCACUGAUUCCCGAACGGGACAGGUGGGGCCCAAAGAUCGACAGAUUAUGUUCCAAGCCUACGGAGACAAGCAAGGCCCAUUGCAUGGCAUGCUCAUCAAUACACCUUACGUCACCAAGGACCUGUUGCAGUCGAAGCGCUUCCAAGCCCAGUCCCUGGGCACCACCUACGUCUACGACUUCCCAGAAAUGUUCAGACAGGCUCUGAAAAAGCAGUGGCACGCUACUCAGACCUACGCCCACUUACCCAAAUGCCCUCUGCCAUCUGAGCUGCUCACUUUCACUGAGCUGGUUCUCGACGCACAAGGACAGCUGGUGCAGAUGAACCGACUGCCAGGGGGCAAUGAGAUCGGUAUGGUGGCAUGGCGGAUGACCCUUCGAACUCCAGAGUACCCUGCGGGACGUGAGAUCAUCGUCAUAAGCAAUGACAUCACACACAAGAUCGGCUCAUUCGGGCCCCAGGAGGACGUGUUGUUCCUGAGAGCCUCGGAGAUGGCGCGAGAGAGCGGCAUCCCUCGAAUCUACAUCGCGGCCAACAGCGGUGCCCGCAUCGGCCUGGCAGAGGAAAUCAGACACAUGUUCCACGUGGCCUGGCAGGAUCCAGUCGACCCUUACAAGGGUUUCAAGUAUCUCUACCUCACACCUCAGGACUACAAGAAGGUGUCAGCCCUAAACUCUGUGCAUUGCGAACACGUAGAGGAUGAAGGAGAAUCCAGGUACAAGAUCACUGACAUCAUUGGGAAAGAUGAAGGGCUGGGCGUGGAGAAUCUGAAAGGUUCGGGAAUGAUUGCCGGAGAAUCCUCUCUGGCUUAUGAGGAGAUCAUCACCAUGAAUCUGGUCACAUGUCGAGCCAUAGGUAUUGGGGCCUAUCUGGUGAGGCUUGGACAGAGAACCAUCCAAGUGGACAACUCCCACAUUAUCCUCACUGGAGCUGGAGCCCUCAACAAGGUGCUGGGCAGGGAAGUGUACACAUCCAACAACCAGCUCGGUGGAAUUCAAAUCAUGCACAACAACGGUGUGACCCACUGCACGGUGUGCGACGACUUUGAGGGAGUCUUCACUCUUUUGCAGUGGCUGUCGUACAUGCCCAUGUGUAAAUCUAGUCCAGGGCCGAUCCUCCAGGCCAAGGAUCCCAUAGAUCGGCUGAUAGAGUUUGUGCCUACCAAGGCUCCUUAUGACCCUCGCUGGAUGUUAGCAGGACGCCCCAGCCAGACUCCAAAGGGUUCCUGGCAGAGCGGUUUCUUUGACCAAGGCUCUUUCAUGGAGAUCAUGCAGCCAUGGGCUCAGAGUGUUAUAGUAGGCAGAGCCAGGCUGGGUGGGAUACCUACUGGAGUGGUUGCUGUGGAAACCAGGUCAGUGGAGCUGUCGAUUCCAGCUGAUCCAGCCAAUUUAGACUCGGAGGCAAAGAUCAUCCAGCAGGCGGGACAGGUCUGGUUCCCAGAUUCUGCUUUCAAAACAGCCCAGGCCAUUAAGGACAUGAACAGGGAGGGAUUACCUCUCAUUGUGUUUGCCAACUGGAGGGGCUUUUCUGGAGGAAUGAAAGAUAUGUACGACCAGGUGUUGAAGUUUGGGGCCUACAUUGUGGACGGGUUGAGGGAGUACAAGCAGCCAGUGCUGGUGUAUAUUCCCCCUCAGGCAGAACUGAGAGGAGGCUCCUGGGUGGUUAUAGAUCCCACCAUCAACCCCCGUCACAUGGAGAUGUACGCCGACAAGGACAGCCGAGGUGGAGUGUUGGAGCCUGAAGGAACGGUGGAGAUCAAGUUUAGGAGGAAGGACCUGGUGAAGACCAUGAGAAGAGUGGAUCCGGUCUACACGGGCUUGGCUGAGAAAUUGGGAACUCCAGAGCUGAGUCCCCCCGAUCGAAAAGAGCUGGAGACCAAGCUUAAGGAGCGUGAGGAGUUUCUGUUGCCCAUCUACCAUCAGGUGGCUGUGCAGUUCGCCGACCUGCACGACACCCCAGGCCGUAUGCAAGAGAAGGGCGUUAUCACGGACAUCCUGGAAUGGCCGACGUCCCGUCAGUUCUUCUACUGGCGUCUACGCCGUCUGCUGCUGGAGGACACAGUGAAGAGGAAGAUCCAAGCGGCCAACAGCGAGCUGACAGAUGGCCAGAUCCAGGCAAUGCUGCGCCGCUGGUUUGUGGAGGCCGAGGGAGCCGUUAAGGCCUAUUUGUGGGAUAACAAUGAGGAGGUGGUGGCAUGGCUGGAGAGACAGCUGGCUGAAGAGGAGGGCGCCAGGUCCGUCGUCGAUGAGAACAUCAAGUACAUCCGCCGAGAUCACAUUCUCAAGCAUAUCCGCAGCCUUGUUCAAGCCAACCCAGAGAUCGCCAUGGAUUCUAUUGUGCACAUGACCCAGCACAUCUCACCCACGCAGAGAGCUGAGGUGGUGCGUAUCCUGUCCACUAUGGAGACCGCCUCCUCCUAGCAGGAGUAUGGCCUCUCCUCCCAGCUCAGGCGGCAAAACCCAGGCAGAAGGAGCCCUGGAUCAGAAGCAGAGCUUCUCCUACGCGAGGCCAGGCUUCCAAAACUGAGGCUGGAGGAGCCAACGUGAUGGCCCUCGGCAGGCGCCAGGUUACUGAUGAAUCGUUGGCAAUGAUUCUAAACUGAGAGUUUAGACGACUGACAUCAAUUCUAACAUUUUGUAAAUGGUCUUAGGCGUACGCUGGUGUUUAGAAAAUCCAUGUAUUUUGUAUUAAAGUGCAAUUAAAACUGAGACAAGAUAGAAAUUUCUAAAACUUAAUAUGGUUGGAGUUUACAGUUUGCCUAAGGAGAUGCUCGUGCUUCUAUGAUAAUCAGCAGCCUCCAUCAUUUUAAACUGGAGUGUGCCUAACUGUACAUUAAAAAUGUUGUCCUGUUAAAAUGCACGUUGGUUUGUGACAUAUGCUUGUUAAGAUUUGCAAGUGUUUUGAUGACCAGCUCGACAAUGACGACACAUUGCUGGGGGAGUCAGCAGGAACGGGGGGUUUUUACUCCCCCAAGUAAGGAGCACUUAGUUACUGAACAAAGACAGGGAAUGCUGUAACAGAUUUGGACAGGGGAGCCCAGCAGGGAGCAGGGACGAGGUUUUCUUUUUAGAGCCUGACUGCUUCACAGUUACCCUGCAGUGAGCAAUGGGCAUCUCACCUCAUAACAAAACCACAGCUGUUCCUUCUGUUCUUACCUUACAUGGUACAUGCUGCUUUAGGGGCACUUUAGUGCUUACUGUUCCCUUACAGUGCAUACAGAUCAAAUCUGUUGCAUACAAACAUGCAUACGUACACAAAGAAUUAAUGAAAUUAACAUUAAUAUGCACACAUUUUACUUUAAAUAAGAGGUUGAUGAUGGUCAUUUACGUGUGAAUAAUAGCAUACUUCAAGAUUGUACCCUAGCUUGACUAACUAAAGGAAUAUAUCUGAAUUUACAACCAACUGAUUCAAUGUCUGUAAAGAACAAACACUACUGUUCACUGGACUUACAUGUUUCAUGUCAGAUAUGCUGUAUAAUCGUAACUGCAAUCCUCUGAAGCUGUCCUAUUUAAAGUUUGUAUGUCCUGUACAUGACAUGUUACUUAUUUUUAAUAUUAAUUUUUGGAAUCACAUAGUACUCCUCUACUCGAGUUUGUUACCAGCAGACAUUGCAGAAACCGCAAGAGUACAUGAUAAUAGCAUCAUUUACGUCGUCGUGUCUUACGCUUUGCUGAAAAUCCAGUGUUAGCAACGUGACGUGGCUUCAUGGUCGGUGCUGUGCCUUUUAUGUGCCCGGGCAGACACGCCGUCCAGUUGCUUCAUAAGUAACUGGUCGUUUCCAAUGCAAGGGUGGAGAGUUUACUGUAAUGAGCUCUAAACGUGUGUGCAAAUUUAAUAAAGCUUACCAAACUUGA